UGAAGGUACAGCAUCAUUCUGCUAGCCUCACAGAUAGAAUUUUAAGGUCUUUGGAGUGGGAGUAGAUCGUCAGCUGGACAAAGCUUUUUUGAAGAAUGACAUCACGGUGCCCCAGAUGCACAAAAGAUGUGUUUUUUGCUGAGAAAGUGAGCUCGCUGGGGAAGAACUGGCACCGGUUCUGCCUGAAAUGCAAACGCUGUAACAAAACCCUGUCGGCUGGCAACCACGCUGAGCAUGAUGGACUGCCCUACUGUCACAAACCAUGCUACGGAACUCUCUUUGGACCCAAAGGUGUGAACAUAGGAGGGGCAGGCUCCUACAUCUACGACACUCCUCAACCCACCUUCGACUGCCCCCCCGAGGGAUCCCCCACCACACCAUGGACCACCAUGCAGGUCACCUGGAACCAGCCCAAAGUUCUUCCCCCUCCAACCAGGACAUUUGCUGGAGAGACCUCACUCUGUCCUGGCUGUGAGAAAGUGGUCUAUUUCGCAGAGAAGGUGAUGUCCCUGGGUAGGAACUGGCACAGACCGUGCCUGCGCUGUGAGAGGUGUAAGAAGACACUGACCUCUGGUGGACAUGCUGAGCAUGAAGGGAUACCUUACUGCCACGUCCCUUGUUACGGCAUCCUGUAUGGACCAAAAGGAGUGAACAUCGGCAACGUGGGCUGUUACAUCUACGAGAAAGAAGGCAUGGCGCAAACUGAAAUACCCAGCCAGUCCUAGCCACACACUGAAAGUGAGAUGAAUGUAAAUAGCCAAUAGAAAACUCUGGUUAAAUGUCCUCGGUUUGGGGUUUCAGUGACUGAAUUGAGUGACUGAAGUUGUUGCGAUGGAACCGACCACACGAUCACAGGUCAUCAUGUUUCUUUAUUUGUUUUCAUGAUCACAUAAAUUAUAUCACAUGGAAGGGA